AUGGAGUUGUCAUUGAUGGCAGCGCAACAUUUUCCAGCUGUGAGCGGAGCCUUCAUGGAUUCACCAUACAAUGGCAACACGUCCCUCCAGACCUCCACCUCAAACCUCAACUCCAGCUUCUCUCGCCCCACUGAGCAAGAGGAAGAGGGAAAAUUCUCCAGCGAUGCUAUCUGGCUUUGGGUGGCUGUCAUCGCAACCAUCGGCAACAUAGUGGUGGUGGCAGUGGUCUGUGCCUGUGCCUUUUAG